GAAACAUACAACAACUCACUUGUAGAAGAUAUCAGACUUCUAACUUGAAACCAGAAUGAGUGAUCUGUUAUUUUCCCAAUGACCUAGAAAACUUUUAAAGCAAAUAUGGCUCCAACUGGAUGACCCAAUUAUAUAGUCGCUUGGGUACACACACUCACUGGCGCCAACUACAACCACUGUUUUACAUGUCUGUUUCGCAACGCUUUUUUCUGUUCGCAAAGAGUUUCAGACCACAGCUAUGUAGUCGGUCACUUAAGACAUCUAGCUCUGUCUUUGGCACUAAAAUGACUGUUAGGGAUGCCCUCAAUUCUGCUAUGCGUGAAGAACUAGAACGGGAUAAAGAUGUUAUUAUUCUAGGCGAGGAAGUUGCUGAAUAUGACGGUGCCUACAAAGUUACGAAAGGUCUUUGGAAGAUGUUUGGAGAUAGUCGUGUCAUGGAUACACCGAUAACAGAGAUGGGGUUUGCUGGAAUUGCUGUUGGAGCAGCUAUGGCUGGCCUGAAGCCUAUAUGUGAAUUCAUGACUUUUAAUUUCGCUAUGCAGGCUAUAGACCAAAUAAUCAAUUCUGCUGCAAAAUCAUCGUACAUGUCCGCUGGACUAGUGUCAGUCCCAAUUGUUUUCAGAGGGCCGAAUGGAUGCUCUGCUGGCGUCGCCGCCCAGCAUAGUCAGGAUUACGGUGCGUGGUACGCUAGUUGCCCUGGUCUUAAAGUUCUGGCUCCCUACAAUUGUGAAGAUUGUCGAGGCCUCCUGAAAUCGGCCAUACGUGAUCCGGAUCCAGUGGUUCAUUUGGAGAGCGAAUUAUUAUAUGGACAGUCAUUUGAUGUUUCAGACGAAGCAUUGUCUUCAGACUUCUUGCUUCCUAUAGGUCAAGCUAAAGUUGAAAGGGAAGGUGAGCCUCUUUCUUUUUCUUUUUCCGUCCUUAUUCUUUGAUUCAGCAUUAGAUUCUCACUGUUGGUGCAUGAGUAUUUACUAAUUGCUAAUAUAUGACUUUAAAAUGUGUUAGUUGUAUAUCUAUUAUACAACUCCAUUACUUUGUAUUUCAACUUUUCUAGUAGUUUUCAUUCGCCCAUUGUUUUUCUUACAACUUUACUUAUGUCCUACAUUUUCGUCUUUAACCACCUUACAAAAACGUAAAAUUUAAUGUGAUGUUGCUUUAUAAACAAACAAAAUAAACCAGGACAAGAAAGAGAAGUGUUUAACCCCACACUUUUCUUAAAGCUACCACAUUUUGAAGUAAAAGAAAUAUUUGGCAUCAAGAGAGGGAAAAAUAUAUAAAUGCAAAUAGGAAAAACAGGAGUGCAAUAUGGAGUAAAUACAUGUAGUGUUAUAUGGUUCCUAAGAUUUAAUGCAGUAUCAAGAAUAAAUUUACGCAUGUCAUUAUCGUCAGUUGUUCAGCACUUCGACUUUGGAUCCCAAUUCAUAACAACUACCAGUAAUCUCAAAACUAAUUUCAUAUUUCAUUCUUGUCACCCUUUGAUUUUUAUAGUUCAAUCUUACUAAUGAUGAUAUUUCGUUUAUUGGUUGCGUAACUUGUGUAACGUAUGUCUUAAGCACCUCAGUGUGCAUAAGUUAACAACUAUAGAUGACUAAUUACCAAGAUCUUUAUGCUCCAUCUCUAUAUUAUUCACUCAGUACUCUACAGUAACUCGCGAUUAAAUACUUCUCGCCAACUCAUAUCUUCAACCAAAGUAAUUCAAAAUUAAAGCGUAAAGCCAUCCUGUACUCAUUUCUCGUAAUAUUUAUAAUACGGUUAUGACGAAAAGCAUAAAUUAUUUUCUGUCCAUCAAUAACAGAUGUGAUCUAAAAAAAAUCUAUUAUUCUUUUCACAAUAAUGUGAAGAGUUUGUUAUUGAAAUACGCUAUUUACAGGCAUUGGAUAUAUUAAGCUGACAAGGAAAGGAUGUGGCUAUUAAAAAUAAUUGAUGCAACCCCGUGAUCAAGCAUAGUUCCAUGGAUAUAGAUUUUAGAAAAACUUUCUGUGAGGGGCUUUCAAUAGUGAUUCGCUACUCUAACCGAAGCAGUUAGUCCUGAGUCCGAACUCAUAUAUGCUGUUUAUAAAGCAAAUACUUCAAUGACAAGUCUAUCGCUUGAUCAUAUAUAAGUUUCGAUUUACUAAUUAUGGCUUUUCACUUAUCUUUUUCUGAUUCUGAUAUGUGAAUUUAUGCAUCCUAUAAUAUAAAAAAACAGUAGUAUUAAGCGGCUAGAUAAUGACUCAGCUAUGGAGCACAUAAUUUUUGAUGUCUUUGUCAGGCUAGAAGGUGUUUCUGUGUAUCGUAGAUGGGAUUUAUUAGGAAGCAAUAUUUAGAGCCGUUAAUCAGUAAUAUCCGUUGUUGGUUAUGAAAUUUUAUUGAUUCCACCUUUAUGGUAGAGGAAAUCUAUUGUUUUCCAACACUUUGCGUAUGGGGGAAAAACUAAACCUGUACAUAAAUAACAUUCAUUAAUAGUAACUACCGUAUACGUCACUUCCUCGCAAAUCUUGGUUGUAUAAAUACUAAUAUCUUUGACACUUAAAAUGAUAUUAUAGAAUUGUAUUGCUUAUGGUGUUUACGUGCAGUAUGUUUCAUUCAUUUGUUUUUUACAUUGUUAGAAUGAGAGGAUUUAGUCGAAGUUGGAUUAUCAGAUACUUUCUUUACUGUCUCUAAUUAAUUAAAUAUGUGCGUGGUCCAAAAGUUGAUCACAGUUAAAAAUAUUUGCAGAAGAAAAGUCCUCCACAUGGCAGUAGGAAGUUUUGGAAAGAAAUAUUCCCAAUAGCCCAGAGACGACAAAGCUUAUGUUGGCUCAGGCUUUUGAGGUUUAGAAUGUUUAGGAAAUCGUAAAUGUAAGGUGACUAUACAUGUAGUAACUUUUGUUCUCCUUAAACUUUAAGGAUAAUUUCUUACUUUGCCGUGUAACUCAAAUACCCAUUUAAGUUUAUUUUGGUGUGUUAGAAUUUUGUUUUGGAAUUAACAUCACUGGUAAAUUUGAUCAAAAUCCUCUAUUUGUGAAGCUGUUCUCUCAUAUCUUAAAAGUUUUCAUAAAUGUCCACGUUUUUGUUUUAAAAUAUGUCCUUUUUAUAAAUGUUUAUAGGAGAAACGUCAUUUGUCUUUCAAAACAAUUGGUUUUGUUAAAAAAUUUCGAUAGUAGCGUGACAAACAGAGUUGAUCUACGAUGCAUAAUAGAUGUUUGUGCAAUAGAUUUCUAACAGUUUUGUCACGCAUUUGUUAAAGUAUUGUAGAUAAGAAUUAUGCAUGGUAAUUUGAAAUGUAAAGAGAGAAAAGCGAAUGUUAUGAAUCGUGUAUUCAACGUUCUACAUACUUACUGGUCGUUUUUUGUAUUUUAAUUUAUAGGGAAAGAUGUCACUCUCGUUAGUUACAGUUUAGGUGUGGGUACUUGCCUUGCCGCUGCUGAAGAAUUAUCAAAACUAGGUAUCAGUGCCGAGGUAAUUAAUUUGCGUUCCUUGCGGCCAAUGGAUGAAGAAACAAUAUUUCAAUCCGUUAAAAAGACACAUUAUUUAGUAACCGUAGAAAAUGGUUGGCCUGUAUGUGGUAUUGGUGCUGAAAUAUGUGCUCGCGUCAUGGAAACGGAUACUUUCAACUAUUUAGAUGCUCCAGUUUUACGAGUGACUGGCGCAGAUAUUCCUAUGCCAUAUGCUCAAAAUCUGGAGCGUGCUUCUUAUCCUGAUACACAUAAUAUUGUAACUACUGUAAAAAUGGUUAAGAAUAUUCAGUGAACAGUUAGCUUUUUAACUAAUUAACUGCCUUUCGUACCGGCAAUGCAAGCUACCUACUAGUUUAUUAUAUAAAAUGCUCUUUCACUAUUGAUGCAUCUCAGUAUACUUGUGAUUUGUAAAAUUUAUUGUGUUCCACUGUUACAACAACUACUAAUACUACUUAUUUAAAUGUCUAGCAAUUUUCCCUCGACUGUUGUUUUGCACAAAAUUAUAUCAGUUAGUCAAUAAAGUAUUUUUUAUUACUUCAUUUAUAUAUUUUUAGUUCAGAAAAAAAUCAAGGGCAUAUAAAGUGAGAACAAAUAAAAAUAUCUUCAGA